UCGUAUACGCACUCCUCCAGAGCUGACGUGGGUUGUGGCCUUGCACGGUUGCUGCCCAUCUGCCACUGAGAAGCAGCCACUGGAGCUAGAAGAGAGGAAAGUAGACAGAGAGGGGAAAAAAGGAAAAGUGGCUAAAUAUGGAUGCGCUGCAAGAUUGGGCCCUGGUGUACCCGGCUCCGGCCUGGGUGCUCUGGGUGAUUGUGCUGAUAUUGGCCACCGUCCUGGUUUGGAGCUUGUUCUUCUGCUGCUGGGGAAGCCAAAGCUCCUCCUCCCCUCUGGAGAGAUACCUCUCAGCAAUGGAGAAGCAGUCAAAGACGAAACACCAGAGCCAGCGGAAGAAGAAGCCAAAGGACAAGAAGUGUGUCUCUGCGGCUCUGCUUAAUGAGGGGAUCGCCGGGGUGAUCAAACUGGCAACCCCUCUGUCUCAAGAGAAACAGAAGACGAAAGAAAAGGAAAAACAUGAGAAAAAGACAGAGGAUGUGGAAGAAAAGAAGGUGGGAAAAGAUGAGAAAGAAGAGAAGCCCUCUACAACAGUGAGGAAGAGAAACAGACGGAACCUGAAAGUCACCAUCGCAUCUGGUACUGGGACUUCUGCAUCUGCUGAGCAGCAUUCCCAGGUCAUGUCAGGGGGUCGCCGGCGGACACUUGAACGGUCUGCAUCAGAGGAGAGUGCAAGUGACCUGAGCUCUUCACCUUUUCCUGGAGACACCUUACCAUGGAACCUCCCCAAACACCAGCGCAUCAAACGCUCCAAAUCUGCCUCCGAAGAUGUCCUGGACUCUGCAGAGAGAGCCAUCAUUCGCAUUGCAGAUGAACGAGAUCGAGUACAGAAAAAGACCUUCACAAAAUGGGUGAACAAGCAUCUGAUGAAGGCCCAGCGACACAUCACAGACCUGUACGAGGAUCUCAGAGAUGGACACAGCCUCAUCUCGCUGCUGGAGGUGCUGUCUGGAGAGACACUGCCCAGAGAGAAGGGUCGCAUGCGCUUUCACAAACUACAGAAUGUACAGAUCGCACUGGACUUCCUCAGACACAGACAGGUGAAACUGGUAAACAUAAGAAAUGACGACAUUGCAGAUGGAAAUCCAAAACUGACCCUUGGGCUGAUAUGGACCAUCAUCCUUCACUUCCAGAUUUCUGAUAUCCAGGUGAACGGUCAGUCAGAUGAUAUGACCGCCAAGGAGAAGCUGCUCUUGUGGUCUCAGCGGAUGGUGGAGGGCUACCAAGGCCUGCGGUGCGAUAACUUCACCACCAGCUGGAAAGAUGGCAAGCUCUUCAACGCCAUCAUCCAUAAACACAAGCCAAAUUUGAUUGACAUGAAUAAGGUGUACAGACAAACCAACCUGGAGAAUCUGGAGCAGGCCUUCACCGUAGCAGAGAGAGACAUGGGCGUCACACGCCUGCUGGAUCCUGAAGAUGUAGACGUGCCACACCCAGACGAGAAGUCCAUCAUCACGUAUGUGUCCUCUUUGUAUGACGUCAUGCCAAGAGUUCCUGACGUUCGUGAUGGAGUCAAGGCCAAUGAGUUGGAGUUGCGCUGGCAGGAAUAUUACGAGCUGGUGACCAUGUUACUGCAGUGGAUCAGACAUCACAUUCUCGUGUUUGAGGAACGCAAGUUCCCCUCCAGCUAUGAGGAAAUUGAGGUUCUCUGGCGUCAGUUUCUGAAGUUUAAAGAGUCUGAACUACCAGCCAAGGAAACUGACAAAAAUCGCACCAAGCUCAUUUACAAGUCUUUCGAGGGUGCUGUGCAGGCGGGUCAAAUCAAGGUUCCCCCCAGCUUCCACCCCAUCGAUGUGGAGAAGGAGUGGGGCCGCCUGCACAUAGCCAUUCUGGAACGAGAGAAACUGUUGCGCUCAGAGUUUGAACGGCUGGAGCGUUUGCAGAGAAUAGUCAGUAAAGUGCAAAUGGAGUCAGGUUUGUGCGAGGAACAGCUUAACCAGGUGGAAACACUGUUACAGACGGACAUACGUUUGCUGAGUGCGGGAAAGCCCAUCCAGCAUGCAUCUGAUAUAGAGACAGAUCUGAACAAGGCUGAAAACAUGAUCCGAUACCUUUUCAACGAUGUUCAACUACUCAAAGAUGGACGCCAUCUACAGGCAGAACAGAUGUACAGGCGGGUGUACCGUCUCCAUGAGCGUCUGGUUAACCUGCGCAGUGAGUUUAAUCUGCGUCUGAAGUCAGGUGUGACAGUGUCGCAGAUACCCAUGACCCAGAUCUCCCAUGUCCAAACGUUACAGCAGUCUCCCCAGCGCCUAAGACCUGAGCUUGACGAAGUCACUCUCAAGUACAUUCAGGACCUCUUGUCUUGGGUGGAGGACAACCAGAGACGCAUUGAUGGGGCAGAGUGGGGCGAAGAUCUGCCCUCUGUGGAGUCUCAGCUCGGUAGCCAGCGUGGUCUUCAUCAGUCCAUUGAGGAGUUCAAAUGCAAGAUUGACCGUGCACGGGCUGAUGAGAAUCAGUUGACUCAGUCAGUCAGUAAGGAAGCCUAUCGAGAAUACUUGGGCAAACUGGACCUUCAGUACGCCAAACUGCUGAAUGCGUCCAAGUCACGGCUACGUCGUUUAGAUCAGCUGCACGCUUUUGUUGUAGCUGCCACUAAAGAGCUGAUGUGGCUGAAUGAGAAAGAAGAGGAGGAAGUGAACUACGACUGGAGCGACCGAAACUCCAACAUGACUGCCAAGAAAGAUACCUAUUCUGGUUUGAUGCGAGAUCUUGAACAGAGAGAGAAGAGAGUGAACAAUGUCCAGAUGACUGGAGAAAAACUGCUAAAAGAGGACCAUCCUGCCAGGAAAACUGUGGAGGCUUUCACUGCAGCUCUCCAGACUCAGUGGAGCUGGAUCCUUCAGCUGUGCUGCUGCAUUGAGACUCAUCUGAAAGAAAACACAUCUUACUUCCAGUUCUUCUCAGAUGUUAAAGAGGCUGGAGAGAGGAUGAAGAAGAUGGAGGACAUGAUGAAGAAGAAAUAUGUGUGUGAGCGCUCUAUCACGGUCACACGUCUAGAGGAUCUGCUACAGGAUGCAAUGGAGGAAAAAGAACAGCUAAACGAAUUCAAGACACACCUGGAGGGUCUCAACCGGAGAGCCAAGACCAUUAUCCAGCUGAAGCCGAGGAACACCGCUUACCCUGUCAAAGGCAAACUACCCGUUCAGGCUGUCUGUGACUUCAAACAAAUGGAGAUCACAGUACACAAAGGAGACGAGUGUGUCCUGGUGAACAACUCUCAACCGUACAAGUGGAAAGUGCGAAACUCGAGUGGAAAUGAGGCCACGGUACCGUCCAUCUGUUUUAUCAUCCCUCCCACCAACAAAGAGGCCAUGGACAUCAGUUCUGGGUUAGACGCGAGUCUGCAGAGGCUGAUGGUCCUUUGGCAAAAGCUGCAUGUAGAUAUGAAGAGUCUGCUGUCCUGGCAAUACCUCAUGCGAGAUAUCCUGCUUAUCAACUCCUGGAAUUUAAUCAUGUUUAGGACUUUGAGAGUCGAGGAAUAUCGACUCACCCUGAAGAAACUGGAGGAGCACUAUCAGGCCUUCAUGCGUGACAGUCAGGAUUCUGAGCUCUUCGGUGCUGAUGAUCGCUUGCAAGCUGAAAACAGUUACAGCAAAGCCACUCAACACUAUGAUAAGUUGCUACGCUCUGUUGAACAAGAACCUGUUGCCAUCCAAAAGGGAAUCGCACCGGGGGAACAGGAUGAGUCCGUGUGCAAGAGUUACAUCACCCAAAUAAAGGACCUGAGACUGAGACUAGAAGGCUGUGAGAGCCGCACGGUGAACCGCCUCAGACAGCUGAUGGACAAGGAGCCUCUCAAAGCCUGUGCACAGAGAGCCACUGAACAGAAGAAACUGCAGGCUGAGUUGGAGGGUAUAAAGAAAGACCUGGAUAAGAUGGUGGAGAAGAGUGAAGUAGUUCUGGCCACAUCUCAGCAGUCCAGUUCUGCCCCUGUCCUGCGCUCAGAAAUAGACAUCACCCAGAAAAAGAUGGAGCAUGUCUACAGUCUUUCCUCUCUGUAUCUUGACAAGCUGAAGACCAUUGAUAUAGUAAUCCGCAGCACACAAGGAGCUGAAGACAUUCUCAACAAGUAUGAAAACCAACUGCGUGAUGUAAACAAAGUUCCUGUUAAUGAGAAAGACAUUGAGGCCAACAAAACACAGAUCCAGAAACUGCACUCAGAGGCAAACGGCAAGCAAGCCACGUUUGACCGGCUGGAAGAGGAGCUUCAGAGGGCUACAGCGGUGAAUGAUCGGAUGUCUCAGUUGUACAGUGAGCGGGACAUAGAGCUAGAGCACUACAGACAGCUGGUGGGCAGCCUGAAGGAUCGCUGGCAGGCUGUGUUUGCUCAGAUUGAGCUAAGGCAGCGAGAACUUGACCUUCUCAACAGGCAGAUGCAGGCCUACAAACAGAGCUAUGAGUGGCUUAUCCGCUGGAUAGCAGAUGCCAAGCAAAGGCAGGACAAACUUCAUGCUGUCCCUAUAGGUGACAGCAAAGCCCUUCAAGAGCAGCUGAACAAGGAGAAGAAACUGCUUGAAGAGAUUGAAAAGAACAAGGACAAGGUGGAUGAGUGCCAGAAAUAUGCUAGAGCAUACAUUGACGCCAUAAAGGAUUAUGAGCUUCAGCUGGUGAUGUAUAAAGCUUCGGUGGAGCCCAUCGCUUCUCCUCUGAAGAAAACUAAAAUGGAGUCUGCAUCUGAUGACAUAAUACAAGAGUAUGUGACUUUGAGAACACGCUACAGUGAGCUGAUGACUCUUUCGAGUCAGUAUAUUAAAUUCAUCACUGAGACACAGCGUCGCCUAGAGGAUGAGGAGAAAGCUGCCGAAAGACUAAAGGAGGAAGAGAGGAAAAAGCUGGCCGAGAUGCAGGCCGAGCUAGAAAAGCAAAGGCAGUUAGCUGAAUCUCAUGCAAAAGCUAUUACUAAAGCAGAACAAGAGGCAAAUGAGCUGAAGAUGAAAAUGAAAGACGAAGUCAGCAAACGACAGGAUGUCGCUGUCGAUGCUGAGAAACAGAAGCACAAUAUCCAGCGAGAGCUACAGGAGCUCAAAAGCAUUUCAGAACAGGAAAUUAAGUCUAAGAAUCAACAGGUAGAGGAGGCCCUGCAAAGCCGCACCAGAAUCGAAGAAGAAAUCCAUUUAAUCCGAAUUCAGCUGGAGACAACGAUGAAACAAAAAUACACUGCUGAAACAGAGCUUCAGCAACUCAGGGACAAAGCAGUAGAAGCUGAAAAGCUUCGAAAGGCAGCGCAGGAUGAGGCAGAGAAGCUUCGGAAACAAGUUGCUGAAGAGACUCAGAAGAAACGCAAGGCAGAAGAGGAGCUUAAACUGAAAUCAGAGGCAGAAAAGGAGGCUGCCACAGAGAAGAAGAAGGCCCUCGAGGAUCUCGAGAAGCUCAAGCUCCAAGCUGAGGAAGCUGAGAGGCACCUGAAACAAGCAGAGCUGGAAAAGCAGCGACAAAUUCAAGUGGUUGAGGAAGUGGCCAAGAAGACAGCGGCCACUCAGCUUGAGAGUAAACAAUUGUCAAUAACUGCAAAACUGGAAGAGUCACUCAAAAAUGAGCAGGUUAUGGUCAUUCAGCUGCAGGAAGAGGCAGAACAUCUCAAAAAGCAGCAAGCUGAAGCAAAUAAAGCGAGAGAGCAGGCAGAGAAGGAGCUAGAGACAUGGAGACAGAAGGCUAAUGAAGCUCUCCGGCUCCGGCUUCACGCAGAGGAAGAAGCCAAUAAGAAAACUACAGCUCAGGAGGAGGCGGAGAAACAGAAGGAGGAGGCCAAACGCGAGGCAAAGAAGAGAGCAAAAGCUGAGGAGGCUGCCCUUAAACAGAAAGAGAUUGCAGAAAAUGAACUGGAAAAUCAAAGGAAGAUGGCUGAAGAAACAGCUAAACAGAAGCUUGCAGCAGAGCAAGAACUUAUUCGGUUAAGAGCAGAUUUCGAGCAUGCUGACCAACAGAGGACUGUCUUGGAUGAUGAGCUCCAGCGUCUCAAAAAUGAUGUUAAUGCUGCUGUUAAACAGAAGAAAGAGCUGGAGGAGGAACUGGUCAAAGUUAGGAAAGAGAUGGAAGUUCUAUUGCAAAUUAAAUCCAAAGCUGAGCAAGAGUCUAUGUCAACCACUGAAAAGAGCAAACAACUACUUGAAUCCGAGGCCGCCAAGAUGAGGCAGCUGGCUGAGGAAGCCACUAAACUGAGGUCAGUUGCAGAAGAAGCAAAGAAACAAAGGCAGAUGGCAGAAGAAGAAGCUGCCCGCCAGAGAGCAGAGGCUGACAUGAUACUCAAAGAAAAGUUAGCAGCUAUCAACGAAGCCACCCGUCUAAAAACUGAAGCUGAGAUUGCUUUGAAAGAGAAGGAGGCUGAAAAUGACCGUCUAAAGAGACAAGCCGAAGACGAGGCCUACCAGAGGAAAGCUCUUGAAGAUCAAGCGGCACACCAUAAGCAAGAGAUCGAAGAAAAGAUUGAUCACCUAAAGAAGUCUUCAGACACUGAGCUUGACAGGCAAAAGAAAAUCGUAGAAGAAACCUUGAAGCAGAGGAAAGUGGUGGAGGAGGAGAUCCACAUUCUCAAACUCAAUUUCGAAAAAGCUUCAACUGGCAAACGGGACCUUGAACUUGAGCUUAACAAGCUGAAGGGCAUUGCAGAGGAGACGCAAAAGAGCAAAGCGAAGGCAGAGGAAGAGGCAGAGAAAUUCAGAAAACUUGCUUCAGAAGAGGAGAAAAAAAGGAAAGAGGCAGAGGCCAAGGUAAAAGAAAUCCAAGCUGCAGAAGAAGAGGCAGCACGGCAACACAAAGCUGCUCAAGAGGAGGUUGAGCGUCUUAUAAAAAUAGCAGAAGAGGCCAAAAAGCAGAAGGAGCUUGCAGAGAAAGAAGCUGAGAAACAGGUCAUUUUAGUGAAAGAGGCUGCACAAAAGUGUUCGGCUGCUGAGCAGAAAGCCCAAGAUGUUCUUCUAAAGCAAAAUAAGGACAGCAUGGCUCAGGAUAAACUCAAGGAAGAGUUUGAAAAAGCAAAGAAACUGGCACAAGAUGCAGAAAAGGCUAAAGACAAGGCUGAAACAGAGGCUGCUUUGUUGCAGAAGAAAGCAGAGGAAGCAGAACGUCAAAAGCAGGCAGCUGAAGCUGAAGCUGCCAAACAGGCAAAAGCCCAGGGAGAUGCUGAAAAACUGAGGAAGGAAGCUGAGGCAGAAGCUUCCAGACGGGCUGAGGCAGAAGCUGCUGCUUUAAAACAAAAACAAGAGGCUGAUGCUGAAAUGGCCAAGUACAAAAAACUUGCAGAAAAGACCCUGAAGCAGAAGUCUACGGUUGAGGAGGAGUUAGUGAAGGUUAAAGUGCAACUUGAUGAGACAGACAAACAGAAAUCAAUCCUUGAUGAUGAACUUAAGCGACUUAAACAAGAGGUCAGUGAUGCUAUGAAGCAGAAAGCUCAAGUAGAGGAUGAGCUCUCUAAAGUCAAGAUCCAGAUGGAGGACUUACUAAAACUGAAACUUAAAAUUGAAAAAGAAAACCAAGAGCUUAUGAAGAAAGAUAAAGACAACACAAAGAAACUUCUUGAGGAAGAGGCUGAGAACAUGAAAAAAUUGGCAGAGGAGGCAGCACGGCUCAACAUUGAGGCUCAAGAAGCUGCAAGAUUACGACAAAUUGCAGAGUCUGAUCUUGCCAAACAGAGCGAACUGGCCGAUAGGAUGCUGGAAGAGAAAAAGCAAGCCAUUCAGGAGGCAAAAAAACUAAAGGCUGAAGCUGAAAAACUCCAGAAACAGAAAGAGCAAGCACAGGUAGAGGCUCAAAAGCUAAUGGAGGCCAAAAAGGAGAUGCAGCAGCGUCUGGAGCAGGAGACUGAAGGUUUCCAGAAAUCCCUAGAGGCUGAACGCAAGCGGCAAUUAGAGAUAACCGCAGAGGCUGAAAAACUGAAGAUCAAGGUGGCACAGCUAAGUGAUGCUCAGUCAAAAGCAGAAGACGAAGCCAAAAAAUUCAAGAAACAAGCAGAUGAAAUCAAAACCCGCCUACUAGAGACAGAAAAACAGACUUCAGAAAAACAUACUGUUGUCGAGAAACUGGAAGUACAAAGGCUGCAAAGCAAAAAAGAUGCUGAUGAUCUGCAUAAAGCAAUUGCAGAGCUUGAGAAAGAAAAGGAAAAACUGAAAAAAGAGGCAGCUGACUUACAAAAACAGUCAAAAGAGAUGGCCAAUGUACAACAAGAACAGUUACAGCAAGAAAAGACUACCCUCCAGCAAACUUUCUUAUCAGAAAAAGAGACACUGCUGAAGAAGGAGAAAGCUAUUGAGGCAGAAAAAAAGAAGUUGGAGAAGUUAUUUGAAGAUGAAGUGAAGAAGGCUGAAGCACUCAAAGAUGAACAGGAGCGUCAGAAGCAGCAAAUGGAGAAUGAGAAAAAGAAACUGCAGGCUGCAAUGGAUGCUGCUAUCAAAAAGCAAAAGGAUGCUGAGGAAGAGAUGCAUGCAAAGCAAAAAGAAAUGCAAGAACUUGAAAAGAAAAGAAUUGAACAAGAUAAACUUUUGGCAGAGGAAAACAAGAACUUGCGAGAAAAACUCCAGCAACUUCAGAGUUCACAGAAGCCAUCCCACACCAAGGAGAUUGAAAUUCAAACAGACGAGGUCCUUGAAGAAGAGUUAGUUCAAAUGACCAUGGUAGAAACAACAAAGAAGGUCCUAAAUGGCUCUAGAGAAGUGGAUGGUGUGAAAAAAGAUGUACCCCUGGCAUUUGAUGGAAUUAGAGAGAGGGUGCCUGCAAGCAGACUUCAUGAGAUCGGGGUGCUUAGCAAAAAAGAAUUUGACAAGCUCAAGAAAGGCAAAACAACUGUGCAAGAGCUUUCUAAGAAUGACAAGGUAAAGAUGUGCCUAAAAGGUAAAGACAGCAUUGGUGGUGUAAUAGUUGAACCCAACCAGAAAAUGAGUAUCUAUCAAGCUUUGAAGGACAAGAAGAUUUCACAAAGCACAGCUGUGAUGCUUCUCGAAGCCCAAGCUGCAUCUGGUUACAUAAUUGACCCCAUUAAGAACAGAAGACUCUCUGUCAGCGAAGCUGUGAAGGAUACAUUGAUUGGACCUGAGUUGCACACCAAGUUGUUGUCUGCCGAACGGGCUGCCACAGGAUUCAAAGAUCCAUUCACUGGAGAUACAAUAUCACUAUUUGAAGCAAUGAAAAAAGGUUUAAUCGCAGAGGACCAGGCGGCUAAACUUCUUGAUUCUCAAUAUGCAACAGGUGGGAUAAUUGAUCCUGUUAAUAGCCACCGUGUACCUGUCCAAAUGGCAUGCACACAAGGUCAACUCGAUCAAGACCUAAGCAAAAUUCUUUCCAGCCCUCCUGCUGACAAAAAAGCAUUCACUGACCCCAACACUCAGGAUAGCCUCACUUACGGUGAGUUGCUGGAUCGAUGCAAACCAGAUCCUGAGACAGGCAUUCCAUUACUACCAAUCACAGAACAAGCAGCCCAAAUUGAAAGAACUUUUACAGAUGAGGAAACUAAAGAUGUAUUUAGUAAGGCUAACUUAACAGUUCCAUUUGGAAGAUUCAAAGGAAAAACUGUCACAAUCUGGGAGGUCAUAAACUCUGAGUACUUCACUGAAGAUCAGAGAAAGGAUCUUAUCCGUCAAUACAAGACAGGCAAAAUUACAGUUGAAAAAAUAAUUAGAAUUGUAAUAACUGUUGUAGAGGAUAAGGAGAACAAGAAGGAACCUGCAUUUGAUGGUUUGAGAUCAUCAGUGCCAGCGUCAGAACUUCUAGAUGCAAAAGUUAUUAAUAAAGAUUUAUUCAACAAAUUGCAAAAUGGAAAAGCUACACUUAAAGAGGUAUCUGAGCUUGAACCCGUCAAGAAAGCCCUAAAAGGGGGACACAGUAUUGCUGGAGUGCAGAUUGAGUCAACUUCUGAAAAGAUGUCUUUCUACGAAGCUAUGAAGAAGGACUUACUUGGUACAGAGCCUGCACUAUACCUUCUGGAGGCCCAAGCUGGAACAGGCUUCAUAAUUGAUCCAGUGAAAAACCAAAAGCUCACAGUUGAUGAAGCAGUCAAAAGUGGUGUUGUUGGCCCAGAGUUGCAUGAGAAAUUGUUGUCUGCAGAAAGAGCUGUUUGUGGUUACAAAGAUCCAUAUACUGGAAAAACUGUAUCCCUAUUUGAGGCAAUGCAAAAAGAUCUCAUUAAGAAAAACCAAGGUGUCCGUCUGCUGGAAGCUCAACUUGCAACUGGAGGAAUUAUUGACCCUGAGAAAAGUUAUCGCAUCACUCCAGAAAUUGCAUUUAAACGUGGUUACCUAAAUGAGGAGAUGAACCAAAACUUAAGCAGCACAUCAGACUCCAAUACAGUAUUUGUUGACCCUAACACACAAGAAAAUGUCACUUAUGCUGAACUGCUCAAAAGAUGCAUCACUGAUAAGCAGACUGGUUUCCCAUUGCUGCCACUAUCAGAAAAGGCAAUCAAGUCAAAGGAAACUGAAACAGUUUCUGACACACAAACUAAAGAGACCUUAAGCCAUGCUACAGUUGAGUUACACAGUGGACUUUUUAAGGGAAGAAAAAUCACCAUUUGGGAGAUUAUCAAUUCUGAAUAUUUCACCGAAGAACAAAGGAUUGAAUUUAUUCGGCAGUAUAGAUCAGGAAAAAUCACUGUUGAAAAACUGAUAAAGAUUGUGAUCGCUACAGUGGAUGAAAAAGAAAAGAAGGGACAGCACAAUUUUGAAGGUUUCAGAGGUCCUGUACCAGCCAGUGCCUUGCUUGAAUCUAAAAUCAUUGACAAAGAUACCUAUGAAAAAAUCCAACAAGGCAAAAAUAAACCUGCAGAAUUCAGUGACUCCAUCAAACGCUACCUGCAAGGUUCUGAUUGUAUUGCUGGUGUAGUUUUGGAGAAAAACAAGGAAAAACUCAGCAUUUACCUAGCCAUGAAACAAAAACUACUGACACCAAACACAGGACUGUCCCUGCUAGAAGCCCAAGCAGCUACUGGCUACAUAGUUGAUCCCAUCAGGAAUGAGAAAUUUACAGUGGAUGAUGCCGUUAAGGCUGGCAUUGUCGGUCCAGAGCUUCAUGAAAAACUGCUAUCUGCAGAGAAAGCUGUUACUGGUUACAAAGAUCCAUACACUGGUAAUAAGAUUUCUCUUCUUCAAGCAAUGCAAAAACAGCUUGUUCUAAGAGAACAUGCCAUACCUCUUCUAGAGGCUCAGGAGGCUACUGGAGGAAUAAUUGAUCCAGUAAAUAGCCAUCGACUUCCCAGUGAUAUAGCCAUUCACCGUGGCUACUUCAGCAAGCAAUUAGUCAAAUCUUUUAAAGAACCCACAGAUGACAUCAAAGGUUUCACUGACCCUAACAAAGAUGAGAAUGUCACAUACAAACAAUUGAAAGAGAGGUGCAUGACUGAUCCGGAAUUUGGAAUUCUCUUGUUGCCACUUUCUAAAGCCCAGACUCCAGAGAAAGCUGAGAAAUCAUAUGUUUACACUGAGGAGCAAGCACAAGAGGACUUAAAUAGCACUCAAAUUGACAUACCACAUGAUAGUUUAGCAGGGAAACAAGUGACAUUAUGGGAAGUCAUGAAAUCAGAUUUGCUUCCAGAAGAAGAAAAACAAAGUCUUCUUGAACAGUACCGCUCAGGCAAAAUCACAAAAGAAAGAAUGGUCAUUAUUAUAAUUGAAAUUAUUGAACAAAGAGAGAUCAUCAGGACUGAGCAGAGUAUGUUGUGUGAUGUCAUCAGACGGCGGGUUACUAUUGAUGAACUUUACAGAGCUCGCAUUAUAGACCUCGAAACUUACAACCUACUCAAACAAGACAAGAAAACGAUCCGGGAGGUUAUGGAGAUGCCAAGUGUGAAGCAGUAUCUUUUUGGAACAGGCAGCAUUGCUGGAAUACUCUCAGACAACUAUGCUAAGGUUAGCAUCUACCAAGCAAUGAAAAGAGGUCUCAUAAAACCUGACAUUGGCAUAAAUCUCUUGGAGGCACAAGCAGCAACAGGAUUCAUCACUGACCCUGUGAAAGGUGAAUUGUUGACAGUUGAUGAGGCCGUCCGGAAGGGUCUUGUUGGCCCAGAGAUCCAUGACAAACUCUUGUCUGCUGAAAGAGCAGUCACAGGUUACAAGGAUCCCUAUAGCGGUAAAAUCAUUUCAUUAUUCCAAGCCAUGAAAAAGGACCUUGUGCCUGAGGAUUAUGCCUUGAAGCUUUUGGAGGCCCAGGUAGCAACAGGUGGCCUCAUGGAUCCAGAGUACUAUUUCCGCCUCCCAAUCGAUGUUGCCAUGCAACGUGGUUAUAUAAACAAAGAAACCAUUGACAGGAUAUCUGAUCCAAGUGGAGAUGUCAAACAGUUUGCUGAUCCUAUGACUGAUGAAAAGCUGUCCUAUGCACUACUUCUUAAAAGAUGCAAAGUUGACAAAGAGAGUGGCUUACGAUUGUUGUCUCUGGCAGACAAGAGACUUCUAUUUAAAGGCCUUAGAAAGCAGAUCACCCCAGAUGAGUUGUUGCGCUCUCAAAUUAUUGAUCAGAAAACCUACACAGCACUCAUGGAGGGUACCAUUUCUGUAGAGGACCUUAGUAAAGACUUGAAAAAAUAUCUUGAAGGCAUCAGUUCUAUAGCAGGUGUAUAUGUAGAGGCUACCAAAGAUCGACUGUCAGUCUACCAAGCCAUGAAAAAGAACAUGAUCAGACCAGGCACUGCCUUUGAACUUCUGGAGGCUCAGGCAGCUACUGGAUAUGUGAUUGAUCCAAUCAAAAAUCUCAAAAUAAAUGUCCAAGAAGCUGUAAAAAUGGGAGUUGUGGGACCUGAAUUUAAAGAUAAGCUCCUCUCUGCUGAACGAGCUGUGACUGGCUACAAAGAUCCAUACUCUGGCAAGGUGAUCUCCCUCUUCCAGGCUAUGAAGAAAGAUCUUAUUCUAAAAGACCAUGGUAUCCGUCUGCUUGAGGCUCAGAUAGCCACCGGUGGAAUCAUUGAUCCUGAAGAGAGCCAUCGCCUGCCUGUUGAAAUUGCCUACAAACGGGGUCUCUUUGAUGAGGAGAUGAAUAGUAUUCUCACAGAUCCCUCUGAUGAUACAAAGGGGUUCUUUGAUCCAAACACAGAGGAGAAUUUGACCUAUCUCCAGCUCAUGGAGCGCUGCAUAACAGACCCUGAAACUGGACUUUCUCUUUUACUGCUAAAAGAAAAGAAACGAGAAAGAAAGACAUCCUCUAAGUCUUCAGUACGCAAACGUAGAGUUGUCAUCGUAGAUCCAGAAACAGGAAAAGAAAUGUCUGUGUAUGAGGCAUACCGCAAAGGACUCAUUGACCAACAAACAUACACUGAGCUUGCAGAGCAGGAGUGUGAAUGGGAAGAAAUUACCACCUCAUCAUCAGAUGGUGUUGUUAAGUCUAUAAUCACUGACAGAAGGUCUGGGCGGCAGUAUGACAUUGAUGAUGCAAUCUCCAAGGGCCUCAUAGACCAGUCUGCUUUAGACCAGUACCGUGCUGGUACCCUUUCCAUCACUGAAUUUGCAGACAUGCUCUCUGGUAAUAUGAGUGGCUUCAGAUCUCGAUCAUCUUCCUUUGGAUCCAGCUCAUCCUAUCCCAUGAGUCCAAUUCCAUCCAUAAAGACGCCGGCUACAACCUGGACUGAUCCAGCCGAGGAAACUGGACCAGUGGCUGGAAUCUUAGAUACAGAUACUUUGGAAAAGGUGUCAGUUACGGAGGCUAUGCAUCGGAAUCUAGUUGACAACAUCACUGGUCAAAGACUACUAGAAGCACAAGCAUGCACAGGAGGAAUUAUUGACCCAAACACUGGAGAGAAAUUCUCUGUUGCUGAUGCAGUGAACAAAGGGCUGAUGGACAAGAUCAUGGUUGAACGUAUCAACCUAGCUCAGAAAGCUUUUCAGGGAUUUGAAGAUCCAAGAACCAAAACCAAAAUGUCUGCCGCUCAAGCCUUAAAGAAGGGUUGGCUUUACUACGAAGCUGGCCAACGGUUCCUUGAAGUCCAGUACCUAACAGGUGGUUUAAUUGAACCGGAUGUUUCAGGAAGAGUUUCAUUAGAUGAUGCUGUGAAGAAGGGCAAUCUGGAUGCACGCACUGCACAGAAACUGAGAGAUGUCAGUGGAUAUUCAAAAUACCUCACCUGCCCCAAAACAAAACUCAAGAUCUCAUACAAGGAUGCCAUGGACAGAAGCAUGAUCGAGGAAGGAUCUGGCCUGAGGUUGCUCGAGGCAUCCUCUCAGUCAAGUAAAGGCCUUUAUAGCCCAUACAGCAUCAGUGGCUCUGGAUCAACUUCAGGGUCUAGGUCUGGAUCCAGAACUGGUUCAAGAUCAGGCUCUAGAAGGGGAAGUUUUGAUGCUACAGGCUCAGGUUUCUCCAUGGGUUUUUCCUCAUCUUACAGCCCCACUAGCUAUGGUCGUCGUUAUGAUUCAGGGGCACAUGGUGGACUUCAGAUGGAUGAACUAAAGCAAGCCCUUUUAGCUUUAGCAUCAGUCAGGAACUGUUGCUAUGAUGAAAAGAGAAUAUUCACAUCAUCACAAACUCAACCCUCUUUAGUUGCUUAAUUUAUGUACACACAAAGGACAUUUAUCCUGCUCUGCAUGAUAUUGCUAAUAGGCUUUUUUAAUGAUGGGAAUAAUAAUGCUAUAAAAGACUGGCUUUAAAUAUACAGAUGUUUUUAUCUCUCACUUUCAUUUACAUUUUGACAUGACAGUAUAAAAUGAUAUCAUAAACAGUUUUUUUCUGCGCAACAUUCAUAGCAGAAUCUUUUUUUUUUCAGUCUUUUCAUUUAUAAGCAGUGUUAAAUACUUAUAGCCUCUCUUUUUGUAUUACGUUGUAAACUGGCACAUUAAUAAUAUUGAAGUUUUAAGAAUGUUUAGAUUUCUUGAAAAGGAUAUGGUAAUGCUCCAAAUGAGAUGUAUAAGUUAUUUGUUAUAUAUUUUUGUGUGUUCAUGUAAAGAUCCCUUGGUUGUAUUUUAACAAUUUAAGUCAGCAUGGUUAAAAAAAAAAAAAGGGUAGUGGGGGGGGGGGUGAUUGUUAUCUGCAGAGCGGAAUAAAGUCCAUUGGACAUUUGGACUCUUUUGAUUGGGAGCAUGUCAAUAAACAAAACAUUACAUGUCUUGGCAGCACUGCCACAGACACAGUUCUUUAGAAAUCCAUUCUCUUUUCAUUAUUGUAAACUGGAAAAUAAACUUUGAACUAUGCAGUCUUAGAUAAAGUGAAAUGGAUUCACCAAUCCUACAGACAUUUAAAAAAUGAAGAUCCUUGCAGACUUUGCCAGAAAUCACUCUAAAGAUUACACUGAAACCUCUUUAAAAGGAAAAAGUGGCUCACAUCCCAACCAUAAUUUGCAUCUGGUACUUCAUCUGAUUCAAAGGGGACCUCACUUGCGCCUUAACCUUGUGUGAUGUCUGCAUACAUUUUCUUGUAAAUGUAUUGUGCACACUUAUUAGACUUAAAGCCUAAAGACAAUACUUAUGUAUCAUUGCAGAUUAUAUAGAACAGAAUGAUGUAAGGAUUUUCAUUGUUUUAUUGUUGCAUAAAAGUAGCCUAUUUUAUUUGAUGCACUCCCUUCUCUCUUUCAAUGUUAUCUAGCCUGGGCAAUAAUGUCAAUUCAAACAUUUUUUUUUUCCAUGCACUUGUGUAGUUAUCAAAUGAAAGCCUCUUAAUAUCAUAAAUGAUGGGUCUGAUUUUUUAGCAGGUGUCUCUUUCUUUGUCUACCACAGAAAGAUGAUACCUUGAAUAUUCCAAGACAAACUUUUUUAAUUGAAGUGCCCAUUUGAUAUGUUAAUUUGCUUUGUUUUCAAUCACUAAAUAGCUCCCUAUCUUUCACUGACACUUGAACUCCACCCGUGUGUUUGGUGCAUAUGGAAUGAAUUGCUCCUUUUGAAAAGAAUCACAGUGUGAUCUUUCAACCAACAGACAUGUUCCACUACCUUUAUUUAUGCUCCAUUUUCAGCUUUGAUUAUUAAUUGUUAGAUUAAUUUGGUUUAUUAGACUUAAAAACGCUAAUGGACUAUAGAAGACAUCAUAAUGGUCUACUAAUUUUUACCCUUACUGGUCAAUUUGAACACUAAAUCUUAAGCGUUUUAGUGUUGUACUAGAAAUACUGGUGUGUAAGUCACAGUAUUUCAGUAAACACAUUUUUUUGUAUAUAAUUUGCAAUACAGCCUUGUGUGUUGGUGCAAUGAUGUAGGCCUACUGAUUUUACAUUGAUCUCUGACCUGAAAGUAGAUGUUUACAAGAUCAAGGUCUCUGUAAUCUAACAAGAUAUGCCAUAUCUAAAACUGUAGUCAUAAAAUUGUAAACGUAGACUGAAUUUCAAAGACAAAAAGAAAAUCUGUUUCAGUCUGUCCAAUCCGAUGAUGUAUUUCACUGUAUUAUAAAUAAUAUUUCAGUUUUAUUUUCCAAUCUUCUGCUUCUUCUACUAACAUGAUAAAAAUGAUGCAAUAUGAACAGUUAUACUCAGCAAAACAUUUUUUUUAAGUAAGCUUUUUGAGGAAAGUAAAAGGUAUAUUUGAAACUGUUCUGAUAUUGAAUGCAUGAUCUGAGUAUGGUAUUUCCAAGAUGAAAUGUUAAUAUCCUAUUGUAAAUAAAUAUUAAAUACCUGC